ACUUUACGUAUUCAAGGCCGGAGCGAAAUGAUAAUUGAGAAAAGUGGGUCUUUUUAAUUUCGUUUAAAUAUCUUGUCAAACCACUGUGCACUGCAUCAUACAUGAUAAAACCUCUGUGCACAAAUGUUUUUCAAGCUAUUCAUGUUAAUUAUUUCGCGAAUAUUUGCCGUAACACAUGGACAAGUAUCUUUUACCACUCCCGUAGAAUCCUAGAUGAUAAAUGGAAAUAUAUGCGAACAAGGGCGGAAUAAACGGUACUUUACGUUAGAAAAUAAAGGAGAAGUGAUGGAAAAACGCAACAGACUGUCCGCUUUUUCGCCUGCCAUGGAGAAACAAUGCAUAAUUCCACCGUUUUGUCCGUAUGUGUUUAAAAUGCCGCUGAUUUGUCUACUUCUCACCAAUAUACGCGCCGAAUCAUUUACUAUUCGCUUACGUUUUCGCUGUACGCCUGAUUAUACACCUUUUUGUCCACCUUUUGCCUAACCUCAAAGGUCAUCUAGAUUUGCCUUUAUUUCCGUAACAAACCACAUAACGACUGCAAUCGACUACGUCAAAAAAUGACAUAUGGGUAAAGACAUCUGACAAGAAAAAUCAUGGUACAAGGAUAUUGAUCACAAACAGUUUAUAUAACUGCAGUGUUACUAUUACGAACUGAAAUAAUCUUGUGAAUUCUGAAAUUUAAUGAACGCAAAAAUUUACAACAAUGCCAAACUGCCGUAAUCUGUUUAACAAUUUUCGACCUGAAGUAUGACUUGCAGUUGUGUUUCCUGGUGCUGAACACCAACUAUAAAACAGCAAUGAAUAGUUAUAACUUCAAAUUAACAAAGUUUACGGUUCCAGUUAUGUCCACACAAAAUGUCCCUUAAUAAAUAUUCUUCCUUUAAAGAGCCUACUGUAGUGUUGACGACAAGUUAACUGCUCUCGGAUUUCUCUUCACAGGAAUUAGAGGAGAUACGUCUACCAUCUCUUCUCGGUAACAUAAACUAUGCCAAAAACUCUUAAAGGUCUUGUUAGUCGUCAUAAGAAGCGUUUUCAACAAGAUGGGUUUGAUUUAGAUCUGAGUUAUAUCUCCAGCAGAAUUAUUGCAAUGGGAUUCCCUGCUGUUAAACUUGAGGGUGUUUAUCGUAAUCAUAUUGAUGAUGUUGUACGCUUUCUACAAACACGACAUGCGAACCACUACAAAAUCUAUCACCUAUGUGAUGAAAGAGAUUUUAACGUUUGUCGAUUUGAUGGUCCAGUCGCAAAAUACCCGUUUUCUGACCAUAACGCUCCUCAGUUUGAACAAAUCAUUGCUUUGUGUGAAGAUGUAAAUGAAUUUCUUAGUCAAGAUCCUAAAAAUGUCGUUGCAAUUAACUGUAAAGCUGGAAAGGUAAAUCACCUAGGUUUAUUUAUAUAUUUGGUAUGUAUCAAAUUUUGUUUGAACUGUGAUAUUAUCAAACAAAUUCAUCAUAUAUUUUAUUCAUAUCAGUUUUGGGAAGUGUUUAUACAAAUGUUAUUUUCAAGGGGUUACAAGUUCAAAUUCACUUUACUAUGCAGAAAAUGGGAAGUAUAACUUUUAUCAAGCAACUCUGUAAUGUGUGGAUAUUAUUCGCCACACACUGAUCGUAUUUGGGGUACCACCGAAAACUAAGGACCACUGAACAACUGUUCCGUCCUAGUAUUGAGCUCUCCAGCAGUGCUCAUCCACCAUCUCACCACGAAGGAUAUAACCCAUGACCUUUGUAUCAUCCGGCGAACGCCUAACCACUAGAAGCACUGGACUCAGCGUCUAGUGGAACAGUCUCAACAUUGAUCAAAAUAUGUAGUUUUUAUUGAGCUUUGUAUACUUUGAUUUAGACAAUUAAAUACUAUCAAUAGCCUUCACACACAAAGUAUGGCUCAGUGUAUACAUAAAUCCGUACUCUGUAAGUCGGUUAGAUUAAUUAAAUUUUAUUUAUUAAGCAUAACCUUUUGUCUAUUAUUGAAUAAUUAUGGUCAUAUUUUUAAUCUACACAUUGGUUGCAGUUUGUUUUAUUUCAUUUGUUGAAUAUAUAAACUGGAAAUUAGGUGGUUUGUUGUUCCAGUUUAUGAUUGACAGUUAAAUUGCUGGCUGUUUACUCCUGCACACGAGGUGUACUUUAUAACUAUUUUUAAAUUUGUAAAUAUUUUGGUCUAUCAUGUUUAUGGUGUAUAUAGUCUUUUUUAGAAUCUUACAAACAGAACUUAUUACUUAAAUAAGAACUUCCGUCUAAAUUUGAACGAAUAGUUUCACAAUAUUUGGGCGCCGAGUUAAUGUGAGACAUUAAAAAGGAAAAAUGUAUUUGUAAAAUCUCAGCGAAAGAAUUUGAAGUAAUUCCAACGUUUCGCCUGGCAAUCUGGUCCAAGCUUUUCCUUGAAAAAGCUUGGACCAAACAAAAAGAAUAAAACCUCCACAAAAUGUUGUAAGCUAUUACAUAUUGCUAUUAAUAAUGCCAUUUAUCUAUAAUUGAAUAGUGUUUUUUAUAUUAAAUUUUUAUCACAAUAUCUUGAUAGGGGAGAACUGGUGUUAUGGUCUGUGCAUGCCUUCUUCGACUACAUGAUGUUAUGAAUGCAGAGGAAGCACUGAAAUUCUAUGGUGAACAACGAACUGACAAUGGUAAAGGUGUAACAAUACCUAGUCAACGGCGUUAUGUACAUUAUUAUGAUUUAUUCCUAAAAAAUAAUCUAGAGUAUCAUAGAAUCCCUAUUUUCUUAACAGCUGUACGUGUUUGUGGAUUACAGUAUUUACCAGGUAGUGUAUUUUUUUUCUCUCCAUAGAUUAAUUAUUUCAGUCACUUCAACUUUUUUGCCAUUACUUAAACUCGUAACAUUUCUCCAUAUAGGCAGUGCAUCAUACCCGUAUGCUUACCUCUCUUAUGUAAUAAAUAUUGAAGUUCUAGUGGCUACUGAUCGAAAACAAACAGUAAAUUGUGUAGCCUUCCAUCCUGAUUUCUGACGUGUUGUAUGUGUACAUAAUACAUAACAUCGACGAUUACUUAUCAGUUUUGAUUAUAACUCGAUAAUCAAGCACAUACUUGUACACUCGGCUUUAAACCACAACCCAUUUACAUGGUUAUUAAUAAUACUACCCGGGUGCUCAAACUGAAGUAGGUACAGGAGGGCGUUUCGAACCAGAGGCCUUUAUGAUUAAAAUGUAGGUGAUCAAACCACCAGUCCAUUGUGCCACAUUUUGUUCUUAGAUUAGGAAACUGAGAGUACGAAGCAGUCUAAGUUGCAGUGUAGUUUUCCUUAUGUGUUUACUAUAAUUACUAAACCAUUUAACCACCAAUAAUGUCGAAGGUUUUUUUCCUAUGUAACUUGCUUUUCUAUUCUUGUAUAAUAAUUUUUACAAUUUAUAAAAUAUUUUUAACUGCUCUGUUUUGCAAACACCAACAUAAUAUCUUACUUACUUACUUACGCCUGUUACUCCCAAUGGAGCAUAGGCCGCUGACCAGCAAAAAAAAAUUAUUCAAACCAACAUAAUAUACUGUAUAUAAUUAUAUCCCUUCUGCCCUCCAGCAUAGAUAGCUUGUUGAUGUAGAAUUUAUUCAUAUGACUUUAUAGCUUAAUCAUUUUCACACUGAAAAAACUAUAAAAUUUUCUUCGUUCUGAAUUACAAGUGUAACUAUACCCUAGAGCUGAACUAAUGCCAAUUCAGAAAGUAAUGUUGGGGUUUCAGCAGGAAAUUUAAAAGUAAAUGAUUUUUAUCUUCAUAUAAAAAGCUUUGUACGAAAUAUCUUGAUAUACUUGUUUAUAAAACUCAUGGUUGGUAAGGAAAGAUUUUAUCAGCAUAAAUAUGUAAUGAUAGUGUGAAAGGGAAAACACAUCGAGUGCAUGGCAUCGGCGACGGAGGUUUCAUGUAAUAGGUAAAUCAGUGGGUUCUUAUUCCCAAUAUCUUUUAUACCUUGUCAGCUCUGAAGUAAACUGGGAGACCUGGUAACGUAGAGAUGUUAAAUAAAUAUGUUUCGUAUGCAUAAAUUCUCCAUAUAGUUGUAUCAUAAAUUUAUCCCGACAACUCUAGCGAAUUUAAAAAUAAAGAUUUCGUAGGCGAUCAACAAUUUUCUAGAAAGUUAUACUGAUCAUGAAAAGGCUCCAAAAAGGAGAUCUAUUCGUAUUCUGUAUCGAGUUUUCUCCGAUAAUAAGAUCAGGAAACUAAUAAACGUCGAAUAGUUAUUACCCUUUUUAAAACCACUAUGAAUGAACGGGUUUCGUUACAUCCUGAUUUUUACAAAUUCCUCAGUAGUCAGACAUGCUUUUCAAAACCACAAGGUCGUUUUUAACGUCCAUUAUGACUUGACGCUGUAGUAUUAUUACAUUGAAAUGUUUAAUUGGUCGCUGUAUAUGGGGAUAUUAUUGUUUAAAAGCUAGUUCAAAUUCCGUUGAAGGCAGGGGAAUUCACUCUCUUUUUUGAGAAACGCUUCCACAGCCGCACAUUCAUAGACUCAUCGACGGAAGUUCUGCCCACCACCUCGUCUCAGGGGCUUUCCCUCACAAAAGUAGAGUGAAAGCGGAUCCACCGCUUUAAAACCAUCUUAGCAGACAUGGGAUGUUUACCAAGAAGAAAAUGUUUUAGUUCGAAACUUGUCUACGUGCACUCCACAAUCCUAAAGCAAUACACAUAUAAAUCUGUGAUGAACACUAGCUAUCUUAGAGUUAUCUUCUGCCCCACUUAAAUGAUUCCACAGACCACAGUUCCCAGUAAAUAUUCGUCUCGAACGUAGUCACAGUUUAAUAAAUGUAUCCAUAAUCUACUAUCCAGGUUAACAUAGUUUAAAACCAGCUGAUUUCUGAACAAGAUAGUCAUUUGUAUUGGAUAUGCUAAAUUUCUUUACUGAUUAAAUCUUUCAGGAGAUAGUGCAGCGGGGUAUUAAGUUUACCUGAAACAUUGAACCAUUAAGUAUUUUUGUCUAUCACUAAUUUCUUAAAACCAGUUAUUUCACCAAACUUUGGAAGGUGCUUUGUAGUACUUAAUUCGAGUUGAUAAUUGAACUCACACAGUCUCGUUUUUAUUUGAAACACGAACUGUAGUAUUCAUGUUGCAUUCAGAUAGUAAUAUAUGUAUAAAGAGAGAGAGAGAAUUAGUUGGUACAACGGAAAAUAAUAGAAUGUCAGAAACUUAUUUAAUUGUUACUCUCUUAUCCAGUAUUGCAUGGGGUAAGGUGAUGUACGGAAUAAUAUGAGCUAGCCUUAUAAAUUAAUUGCCAAGCUUACUACCUGUUACCUCUCGUGGUAGAGCAUAGACCGCCCACCAGCAUUCUCCAUCAAACUCUGUCCUAGAUAAUCCUUCCCAGUUGCUAUUCAUCCUUUGCAUGUCUGCCUCCAAUUCUCGACACAGUAUGUUCUUUGGCCUUCCUCUUUUCCGCUUCCCUUCAGGAUUCCAAGUUAGGGCUUGCUUCGUAAUGCAGUUCGAUGAUUUCCACAAUGUAUGUCCUAUCCACCUCCAACGUCUCUUCCUAAUUUCCUCUUCAGCUGGAAGCUGUUUUGUCCUUUCCCACAGUAGGCUGUUGCUGAUGGUAUCAGGUCAACGGACACUGAGUGUCUUACGUAGACAAUUGUUUAUGAAUACUUGUAUUUCUUUGAUGAUGAUUGUGGUAGUUCUCCAAGUUUCAGCUCUGUACAGUAGAACUGUCUUGACGUUCGUAUUGAAGAUUCUGACUAUGAUAUUGGUUGACAGUUAUUUUGAGUUCCAUAUAUUCUUCAAUUGUAGGAAUGUUGUCCUUGCUUUGCCAAUCCUUGUCUUUGCGUCUGCAUCGGAUCCAUGGUACUGCCCAGUUUGGUGGGUGAAUGUUUCCACCUCUUCCAUAGUUUCUCCAUCAAGUGUUACUGGGUUGGUGUCCUCCGUGUUACAGUUGAGGAUCUUGGUUUUUCCUUUGUGUAUGUUGAGGCCUACCGAUACAAAGGCUUCUGUUACACUGGUUGUCUUGAUCUGCAUUUAUUGGUGUGUAUGGGAUAGAAGGGCUAUGUAAUCUGCAAAGUCCAAAUCGUCUAGUUACUUUAAAGCUCCCCACUGUAUUCCGUGCUUUUUUGGAUGUUGAGGUCUUCAUAAUCCAGUCGACCAUUAGAAGAAAGCAAAAUGUGGAGAGUAAAUGUGGUAUAGUGACGAGUCCCAUUGAAUUCAUUGUUCAACGAUGAUUCGUAGUGCCACGACUUAGUCUGCGCACCACCGAACCGUACGGAAUCCGGUCUGUUGAUCUGGAAGCUGUGCGUCUACUGAAUCGUUCGUCCAGUUCAGCAACAUUCGGUGGAAAAUGUUUCCUGGUACUGAUAAUGCUGUGAUGCCUCUGUGGUUUUCAUAUUUGCUCAGAUAUCCUUUCUUUGGUAUUUUGAUGAGGCAUCCUUUUUCCAGUCUAUCGACACUUGUUCUUCCUUUCAAAUCUUCAUGAAUAGAACGUGGAGCAUAUCUGCAGUUGCUGCUACGUGCGACUUCAAUGCUUCACAUGGUAUAUUCUCAGGUCCUACUGCUUCCCCACUCCCGAUUUAUCUGAAGUCCAUCCUGAUUUCUUCGAUCAUUGAUGAAUUAACAGUCAUAGGAAGGUCUAUGUGUGUUGUUUCAAUGUCUGGUGAAUUCGAUGGAGCUGGUCUAUUCAAGAGUUCCUCAAAGUGUUCUGUCCAUCUGUGCCUCUGUUCUUGAAUCUGUGAUUGGCUUGCGUUCUUUGUCCUUGACCGGUCUCUCUGGUUAACCAUAUUUCCCUGCUAGUUUUUUCGUUGAGUCAUAUAGUCAUCUCAUAAUUCCUUCUGUUGUGGCGUGUCCCGCUGUCUUUGCUCGGUCUUCCACGUAUUUCUGCUUGUCAGCUAUAAUGCUCUUCUUCACUUGCUUGUUUGCUUCUGUGCAUUCGGCUUUUGCCUUGUCUUUCUCUGAUCUAGUCCAGCUGUCAUUCACUUCUGCCUUUUUGUUCUUUCUCCAAUCUUACCCAGGGCACGUGUAGAGAUCCACUAUUUAUCCUGGUGCCUCUUGGAGUAAAGCAACUCCUGCUAUACGUGAUCCGGUGAGACUCAUGUAGCUUAUGUAUGCGUUUAGGAGAAUAAAGUGCCUCCUGUAGCUAUUUUGUUUAGGGCACAUACAUUUGCAAAUCUCCCACCAUUCUCGUUCUUUUCUCCCAAUCGAUAUCAUCCCUUGGUAUCUUCAUACUCGGUUUUGUUCAUUCCGACUUUGGCGUUCGGGUCUUCCAUAGAGAUUGUCAGGUCCUUUCCUGAGCACUUCUCUACUGUCAACUGCAGCCUCUUAUUAAACCAAUCUUUAUCGUUUUCGUUGCUGUCGUUGGUAGACGCAGAGAACUGGAUAACAUUCAUUGUGAUCUCUACAUUUUGAGGAAUGCUUUGGUGAUUCUGGAUCUAUGAGAUUCCUAUCCUAUAAAUGCUUUUCGUGCCUCUUUGAACAUCAUUAGUGCAACUCCUUGUGUGUGGUAAGGAUUUCCUUCUUAAUAACCAGAUAACAGCAGCAUCUCUCUCGAAUCUAGUUUUUUCUGUCCAGCUUGGGUUCAAUAUGUUUCAGUGAUUCCGAGCACCACCAGGUUGUGCCUCCUCAUUUCCGUAGCUAUGUGAUUGGUCCUCCCAGUCUCCCACAUUUUUCGAACAUUCUGGCUGGCGUUUUUUAGCAAGGUUUUUUUCUACAGGAUGUGGUUGCCAACUGUCCUCUUUCCCGGUUUUGAAUUGGCGAAAACCCCGAAAGGGCUCCAGGUGGAGUACUUACAAUACUUAUCUCUUUUACCAUGUAUUCAUCGUUGUUUCCCAGUGAAAUGAGUUGGCAUCCGGUCUGUAUAUAUCAUAGAUAUAAUGUAUAUGUCGUAGGUAAACUUGUUCAUGGAAAAAUCUUUUUAUGCAGCACUGGUUACUGUAGUUAUGCCUCCCAGCUUUUUUGACGUUAUAUCAGCUCCAUAGUUAUUUUUAACAAAAUGCUCAUCGUUCACUAACACAUGUUGGCCAUAAUCAGUCUAUUAGCUCUACACUUGUUAUUAAUUCUUCAGUGAUUUGGCGAGACGUUAUCACUAUGUACUUGAAAAAAGACUUGAUAUUAAAGGUUUGUUAAUAGUUGACUUUUUGACUUCAAAAUUGUUUGAAACGAAAUGGCAUCAUAUUUUGUUUUCAGUUAAAAAUAUUAGCUAUUAUAACUCAAUAUCAUGCAUACUUUAACAAAUACAUGAUACUUUCUGUUACUUCAUAAAGUUAUCUUUUGUAAAAAUAGUUCAUAUUAAUUAUGUCGAUUGUCAAAAACUGUAUUUUAAGCGGAACAAGUGGACAUUAUUUACCUUCGCUUUGAUUGAUUUAUAUUGAACAUCUCUCAAGAAUGAUACAUUUUAAUCACUCGUACUGUUUUCUUUUGUCCUUUUGUUUACUUUGUCGUUUUUUAUUCUACUUCUCAGGCCUAUUGUUAGAUCUACAAUUGUAUACAUUUGAUUCAUCUCAUGUGUUUGGACAAAAUUGUGCAACAUUAUCUUCAGAACCGAUACAUCAAAAUGAAGUUCUUAUAAAACCGAAACAAGAUAUUCUGUUAUUUGGAGAUGUUCGAGUUAAAUUCUAUGCUAGACACCAUAUGUUAAAUAAAGUAAGUUACCUUGACAUUUAUUUUUCCAUUCGUAAAAGUCACAUGGAAAAAGUUUAUUGGUAGAAUUUAUUUUUUUUCUGCAAGGAAUUUUUAUAAUUUGGCAUACAAUUUAUAACCCGAUAUGAAGUCAGAUGAUCACAAUCUAUGCAUAUAUAGCAAGUAAUCAGGAUCUACCCAGACACUUCAUUGACACUAUGAAGUAAUGGGUUAUACGAUUCAAAAGAAUACUCAUUUUGUACUAGUUUUAUUCAAGGUCAUUGGAAUAAAAACUAACUGGACAAAACAAAACAUCAUUUUACCAACCAAUCACAAUCAACUAGCCUCAUUAUUCAAUUUAAAAUGGUUUGGAUUAUCGUUUUGUUUAUAUUUUUAACUGAAAUUUGAUCAGUCUUAGUUGACAUAUGAGCAAGUUCGAAAAUUUUUCGUUUCAUUCUAGUAGAAAGUUUAGGGACUUUACCAAUCCUUAUUAACUGAGUUACUCGUAAUGUCUAUUAGUGAAUUAUAUGAAACAAGAUCAAUCAUAAUAUUAUGGAUAAAUUGACACGUUAUUUUUUACUUUCCAUAUUUGAAUAUCUUGUUAUGUAAUAAAAUACAUCUGUAUGAUAUCUAUUUUAUAUUGUAAAAAAAUUCAUUUUAAACCAC